GGACGUCGUUUGCUGAACGAACACUCCUAACUUCCGACAUGUUUGUUUUGAAUUGGUAAACGUUCGGUCGAAUUAGCAGGCUAACAGCAAUAAGUGGGUGGUAACUCUGUUUAUUAAUUUAUCUUUAUUUAUUUCGAUUGUCGUUGUCCCUUAUUACUGUUAUUUAAAAAUAAUACAUGCGUAAACGCGUUUUUAACGCGUCAUCAGUGGCGUCGAGCACAGGUUUUGGGGUGCUCCGAAGCCGACAUGUCCACGCUUUUCCCCUCCUUGUUUCCCCGAAUAACCGAGUCCCUGUGGUUCAAUUUGGAUCGACCUUGCGUGGAUGAGACGGAGCUGCAGCAGCAGGAACAGCAGCAUCAAACCUGGUUGCAGAGCAUUGCUGAGAAGGACAACAAUCAAUUACCAAUUGGGAAAACUAUUUUUGAGGGGGGAGGUUAUGAGGAGGAGGAGGAGGAAGAUGAUGAAGACGAGGAGGACAGUGAAGAGGACUCAGAAGAUGAAGAAGACAUGCAGGACAUGGAUGAGAUGAACGAUUACAACGAGUCACCCGACGAUGGCGAGAUCAAUGAGGUGGACAUGGAAGGGCAAGAUCAAGAUCAAGACCAGUGGAUGAGAUGAACAAGAUUUUCAGGUUUCAACUUCCCACUGAUAUGCCUCAGAGAGGCAUUCAUUGAACAAAAUAUGGUUGCAAGGCUAGACGGUAUAUUCCAAUAUCUUUGUUUGAGCACAUUUUUGUUAUGAUAAUGCAGUGUGCAGUUGCGCUUAAUGCUGUGGCUGGUUAGUGUAUUUCAACAACAAAUGCACAUGGCAAAAUAAAUGAAUGUGCUAUAAUGAGACCUAUAAGACUCAUCAACUCAAUCAGCUACUACACUUGUUUCUCAUGGGGAUGCAUCACAAACAGAAAUGUUGCAGUAAACUUGUCUGAACCAGUUUUGUUACAUGUAGUAUGACUUGACUUUGGACAACAUUAAAAUGUUUUCUUAAAAAAUA